AUGGGAACGUGCUUUGAUAAAAGAUGGACUUACUGUGGCCCUGCUAAAGGUCACCGUCCUCUAAAGGUCAUGUCAUGGCCCCUGGCCCUGUGGCUAUUGACUCUAAUCUCUGUGAAUCAAAAGACGACUGUUGGACAGACUCUGAACGCCUUCCAAUCGGAAAGGAGGGAUUGGGCGCUGAACCACCUGACUGUGCAUCAGUCUACAGGAGCUCUGUACAUCGGAGCUGUCAACCGAAUCUACAAGUUGUCAGCUAACCUCACCCUCCUGGUGUCCCAUGAUACGGGGCCGGAGUAUGACAACAAGGCAUGUUACCCUCCACUGAUUGUCCAGCCCUGUUCUGAGCCGCUUGCAUCUACUGACAAUGUUAACAAACUGUUGCUCAUCGACUACUCCCAGAACCGGCUGCUGGCCUGCGGGAGUCUGUACCAGGGCGUCUGCAAGCUGAUGCGGCUGGAUGACUUGUUCAUCCUUGUGGAGCCCACGCACAAGAAGGAACACUACCUGUCCAGUGACAACCAGACAGGGACGAUGUACGGGGUUGUUGUGCCCUCGCAGGGUCAGGAUGCCACUCUGUACAUCGGCACGGCUGUCGGCGGCAAACAGGACUACUUCCCGACUAUCUCCAGCCGCAAGCUGCCUCGUGACCCAGAAUCCUCUGCCAUGCUGGACUACGAGCUUCAUACUGACUUUGUGUCCUCUCUGAUUAAAAUCCCCUCAGACACGCUGGCUCUUGUCCCACACUUUGACAUCAACUACAUCUACGGUUUCGCCAGCGGCAACUUUGUCUACUUCAUGACAGUGCAGCCGGAGACACCUGAGAAUGGGAUGCCCACCGGCGGAUCCCCUGGCGACCUGUUUUACACCUCUCGCAUAAUCCGCCUCUGCAAAGGUGACAAAAAGUUCCACUCCUACGUGUCGCUUCCUGUGGGGUGCGUACACAAAGGCGAGGAGUACCGUUUGCUGCAGGCGGCGUACCUUUCCAAGGCCGGCAGGGUUCUGGCAAAGUCGCUCAACAUCAGCGCACAGGAGGACGUGCUCUUUGCCGUUUUCUCCAAGGGACAGAAGCAGUGCCACGACCCUCCAGACCACUCCGCUCUCUGUGUCUUCACCAUCCAAGACAUCAAUACACGCAUUAAGGAGCGUCUGCAGUCCUGUUACCAAGGAGAGGGAAAUCUGGAGCUGCACUGGCUGCUGGGAAAAGACGUGCAGUGCACCAAGGCGCCUGUUCCCAUCGAUGAUCACUUCUGUGGCCUGGAUAUAAACCAGCCCCUGGGGGGUUCGCAGCUGGUGUCGGGUCGCACGGUGUUCACUGAGAGCAGGGACAGGCUGACCUCUGUCACCUCUUACGUCUACAACGGACACAGUGUGAUCAUCCUGGGGACCAAGAGCGGACGGCUGAAGAAGAUCAGAGUGGACGGUCCUCUGGAGGGAGGAGUGCUGUACGAGACAGUCAGCGUGAUGAAGGAUAGCAGCCCCAUCCUCCGGGACAUGGCCUUCUCCCUUGACAGGAACUCUCUCUAUGUCAUGUCUGACAAUCAGGUGGCUCAGAUCCCUGUGGAGGCGUGUGAGCAGUACGGGACAUGUGCUGAGUGCCUGAGCUCCGGUGACCCCCACUGUGGCUGGUGUGUCCUGUACAACAUGUGCUCGAGGAGGGAUCGGUGUUUGAGGGCGGAGGAGGCUUUCCGUUUCGCCACCGACAUUGAUCGCUGUGUGAAGGUCAUCGCUCACCCCGACAGCAUUGCUGUGUCAGCACAUAGUGUCCCUCUUCUGCUGGAGGUGAAUAAUGUUCCAGACCUUUCUGCUGGGAUCACCUGUUCCUUCGGCGAGCAGGCUGGAGUGGAGGGUCAUGUCAACGGCAACAGGGUUAUGUGUCUAUCCCCGGCUGGGAAGGAGGUCCCUCGGAUACCAGAAGGACAAGACUGGGCCGGCGUAGAGCUCCGUCUAAACUCAAAGGAGACGGGUCGAAUGGUCGCCAGCACGGAGGUGAAGUUCUACAACUGCAGCACCCAUCAAACGUGUCUGUCCUGUGUGAACAGCACUUUUCGCUGUCACUGGUGUAAAUAUCGCAACCUGUGCACCCACGACCCCAGCAGCUGUUCCUUCCAGGAGGGCAGAGUCAACGCCUCAGGGGACUGCCCUCAGCUCCUUCACACCGGGGAGAUUCUCCUUCCGGCCGGUGAGGUCCGACCCAUCACCUUGAAGGCCCGGAACCUUCCCCAGCCGCAGUCGGGCCAGCGGGGCUACGAGUGCGUGGUGCAUGUGCAGGGUGUCAGGCACCGUGUCACGGCGUUGCGCUUCAACAGCACCAGCGUGCAGUGCCAGAACAGCUCGUACAUGUACGAGGGUGUGAAGAUCAGUGACCUGGCAGUGGACCUCUCCAUCGUAUGGAACGGCAAUUUCAUCAUCGACAAUCCCGAGAAGAUUAAAGUGCAUCUCUACAAGUGCAGCGCCCAGCGGGACAGCUGUGGCAUGUGUCUGCGGGCGGAUAGGAAGUUUCAGUGUGGCUGGUGUAGCGGCGAGGGCCGAUGCACCAUGAAGCAGCACUGUCCUCCCAUCUCCCCCUACGCUAGCCGCUGGCUGGACCUUUCUGCCAGGAAUGUCAAGUGUACCAACCCACGCAUUACUGAGGUGAGCCCAGUGGCAGGCCCUGUGGAGGGGGGCACCCUGGUCACCAUCCAUGGCCUGAACCUGGGUCUGUCCUUCUCUGAGCUGGAGGGGAACGUUGAGGUGGCGGGGAUGCAGUGCACCCCACAGGAGGAGGGAUACAUUACUGCAGAACAGAUUGUGUGUGAGAUGGCUGCAGCUCCUAAAGGAAGUGCUCCAGGUCCAGUUAAGCUGUGCAUUGGCGAAUGCAGACCAGAACUACGCACGCAGUCCUCCCAGCUCUACUCCUUUGUGACCCCUUCAAUGCUGGCUCUGACCCCAGGCAGAGGACCUGAAUCUGGGGGCACCAAGGUCACCAUUGUCGGGGAGAAUCUGGGCGCUGGAAGCACUGUAACCGUGUACUUUGGGAAUCAGACCUGCGAGCUGUACAGGAGGAGCAUGUCGGAGAUCGUGUGCUUCUCUUCACCGUCCGUGACGAGAGCCGGACCGGUGCGAGUCAGUUUGAGUGUGGACCGGGCCAACGUUCCUGGGAGUCUGGCCUUUGAGUACAUAGAGGACCCCACAGUACAGCGCAUUGAACCCCUGUGGAGCAUCACCAGUGGACACACAACCCUGACAGUGACUGGAACAAACCUGGAUGUGGUUCAGGAGCCGCGAGUCAGAGUCAAAUAUGGCGGCCAUGAAUCUGUCAAUGUGUGCAAAGUGCUGAACACAACCACCAUCAGCUGCUUCGCCCCCUCUCUGAAGGCAGAGUACACUGCAGACCAGGAGACGAUCAAACACGUGGACGAGUUCGGCUUCGUCUUCAACAACGUCCAAGCUCUGCUCACCUACAACAACACGAGCUUCGUCUACUACCCAAACCCGUACCUGGAGCCCCUCAGUCUGACCGGGGUCCUGGAGCAGAAACCUGGAGCUCCAAUCAUACUCAAAGGACGUAACCUGGUGCCGUCUGCUUCUGGUGGAGCCCGGCUGAAUUACACGGUGCUGAUUGGAGACACGCCCUGCACCCUCACUGUGACCGACACUCAGUUACUCUGCGAGCCACCCAACCUCACGGGGCAGCACAAAGUCCUGGUCCAAGUAGGAGGACUUCACAUCUCUCCGGGAGAAGUUCACAUCCGGUCCGACAGCCUUCUCACUCUUCCUGCCAUCUUCAGCAUCACAGCUGGAGGAGGGCUGCUCCUCAUCAUCGUCAUUAUCGUCCUGCUGGCCUACAGACGGAAAUCACAUGAGAACGAUCUUACUCUGAAGCGCCUGCAGAUGCAGAUGGACAAUCUGGAGUCCCGCGUGGCUCUGGAGUGCAAGGAAGCUUUUGCAGAGCUGCAGACAGACAUCAACGAGUUAACCAGUGAUCUGGACAGAGCCGGCAUACCUUACCUCGACUAUCGCACUUACGCCAUGAGGGUUCUCUUCCCCGGCAUCGAUGAUCACCCGGUGCUCAGAGAGCUGGAGGUGCCGGGGAGCGGACAGGCGAAUGUGGAGAAAGCCUUGAAGCAGUUUGCUCAGCUGGUGAAUAACAAGGUUUUCCUGCUGACAUUCAUCCGCACACUGGAGCUGCAGCGCUCCUUCUCCAUGCGUGACCGUGGCUACGUUGCCUCGCUCAUCAUGACCGCUCUGCAGGGGCGGCUGGAGUACGCUACUGACAUCCUCAAACACCUGCUCUCCGAUCUCAUAGAACGCAACCUGGAGAGCAAGAACCACCCCAAACUACUCCUCCGCAGAACCGAGUCCGUGGCAGAGAAGAUGCUGACAAAUUGGUUUGCCUUCUUGCUACACAAAUUUCUCAAGGAGUGUGCUGGCGAGCCUCUCUUCAUGCUGUUCUGUGCCAUCAAACAGCAAAUGGAGAAGGGACCCAUAGACUCCAUCACUGGAGAGGCUCGCUAUUCCCUCAGCGAGGACAAGCUCAUCAGACAGCAGAUUGAAUACAAGACGCUGACGCUGAGCUGUGUGAACCCAGACAAUGAGAACAGCCCCGAAAUCCCUGUCAAGGUGCUCAACUGUGACACCAUUACCCAGGUAAAAGAGAAGAUCCUGGAUGCGGUGUACAAGAACAUGCCGUGCUCACAGCGACCACGGGCUGCAGACAUGGAUCUGGAGUGGCGGCAGGGCAGAACAGCGCGUGUGGUCCUGCAGGAUGAGGACAUCACCACCAAGAUAGAGAGUGACUGGAAGAGACUCAACACACUCAUGCACUACCAGGUGUCGGAGCGCUGCGUGGUGGCCUUGGUGCCCAAACAGAUGUCUUCUUUCAAUAUUCCUUGCUCAGCCAGCUUCCCACGCAGCAUCAGCAGAUACGGUGUGGACGUUCCCUUCCGCUCCACGCCCACCAGCCCUGACAGCCCCCACUCCCGUGUGCCCAUGCUGACCCCUGACAUGGAGAGCGGGGUCAAGGUUUGGCACUUAGUCAAGAACCACGACCACGGGGACCAGAAAGAGGGCGAGCGCGGCAGCAAGAUGGUGUCUGAGAUCUACCUGACGAGGCUACUAGCUACAAAGGGCACCUUGCAGAAGUUUGUGGACGACCUGUUUGAGACCCUGUUCAGCACUGUGUGUCGGGGCACCGCCCUGCCGCUCGCUAUCAAAUAUAUGUUUGACUUCCUGGACGAGCAGGCCGACAAGCACGGCAUCCACGACACGGACGUCCGUCACACCUGGAAGAGCAACUGCUUGCCCCUGCGCUUCUGGGUUAACGUGAUCAAGAAUCCCCAGUUUGUGUUUGACAUCCAUAAGAGCAGCAUCACGGACGCCUGUCUGUCGGUGGUGGCCCAGACCUUCAUGGACUCAUGCUCUACUUCUGAACACCGUCUGGGCAAAGACUCACCCUCCACCAAACUGCUCUACGCCAAGGACAUACCGCAUUACAAGAGCUGGGUAGAAAGGUACUACGCUGACAUCAACCGCCUGCCUGCCAUCAGUGAUCAGGAUAUGAAUGCCUAUCUGGCUGAACAGGCCCGCCUUCACUCCAGUGAGUUCAACAUGCUCAGUGCCCUCCAUGAGAUCUACACUUACGUCAGCAAGUACAGCCAAGAGAUUAUUGAGGCACUGGAGCAGGAUGAACAGGCCCGGAAGCAGAAGCUGGCAUACAAACUGGAGCAGAUCAUCGCAGCCAUGUCUAUAGAGAGCUGAGACACCUCCAUACAGACAGACACACAAACACUACAACACAUACUUUAACAGAUGAGUAUUAAACCCAUCAGCAACACACGUGGUACUCUCAUGCACACGUGAACACACACAUACAAUCACACCUAAGCACCUAUACACACACACACUCAAAUCCUGAUGUACACUGUCAUUGCAGACUCAAUGGACCUACUGUAUAAACAAACGAAAGAGAUUAAUACACGCAUACAAAUGUACAUACACACUCCGCAACACACAGAUCGCCCCAAAGCACGACUUUUGAAUCCCAUGUCAUCGUUUUUUCAGAAGAAACUCCAGCAGGCAAACACCCAACUUCUAAAACGCUCCUAUAGAGAGACACAAAGAGGAUUUGGGCCAUCACGGUUGCUGAAUUUGCAGCCAAUUAUUUUCCGCUGGGUAAUGGUUGUCUUUGUAGUCGGUGCUUAUACUAAAUGUGUGUGUGUGGCAUGGCUGGAGCUCUGAAGAGAACAGCACUUAAUAAAAGAAUGACUCAACUUGAAAAGUCACUGGAGGAGCUCAACAAAGACAGGAGCCAAUUUAAUGGGAUGGCACGUUUGGCGAGACAGGAUUCAAAGUACUUUUUAUAUGUCAAAGAUGAAGGACUUGUGUUCGCAGUACAUAUCACGGGCUUGGACUGACAUCGCCGUUUGGAGCAGAGAUGUGUAACUUUGUGUUGCUAAGCCUUUCCCUAUUGCCUUUUAAAGGCUUACUAAAGAGAAAACUAAAGACUGUGAUGCCAUUACUUUUCAUUUCCACACUUGAAGCUCCCUGUCCUUGUUUUUAAAUGAAGAUUUAAUGAAUCGCAACUCCGCCAGGGAUUGAACAGUACACAAUUUGGCAUUGAAAAAGGUGAGGCUCUACAGCACUGCAAACCUUCAAAUAUGAAAUAUAUGUAGAUAUAUUUCCGGACCAAAUCCCGGGGUUUUUGUGCCAAAUAUAAUAUGUCUCAUGUUUCAUUCAUGUUAAAUGCUCCCGUAGAAGUUAUUAAUAAUACAUGUCAUUGUACGGAAAAGAUCCCAUUUAAGAUAGGACAUUUUGUACAGUGAUGAUCUAUAGACCACCAAUUCAGCCGUUCAAAGAUAAGUGGAGACCAAAUUGAACUGUAGCAGAAAGCAUGAUUAAUGAUGCUUUAAGUCUGAUCAGGAAUCAGAUUAGCCAAGCCCUGGCCAACAGCGCCCCUCUCCCCCUCCCCUGUCUCAUCAGUCAUUGUUUACAUUAAGCGCGAUACUUGAAAUUCACCGAGUGUACGAGAUAUUAAGAACACCUGCUGCUCCUGUGAAGUAAUCCGAUCAGAUUAAGUUUGAUGAAGGCUUUGAUGCCUUAUUGAUCCUCCCAAAAAAAUCUAUUUUGAACAUAACCUGGAAAUCAAAUCUAAGAAACUAGCUGGGAGGAGUUUUCUCCCUGGAGAUAUUUAAGCUGCAGGUGCCACAAAAGAGAGUGUAGCGGUAUAAAGUAGGUGAUUUUAAUAUUUUGUCCACAGAGUGGAUAUAUGAUUAUUGAUACAUGUAUUUGGAUCAGCAUAUGGUCCUGUUGCUUCACAGCUCUUAACAUCCUUCCAUCUUUCAGCAUAAAGUUCACCUGUUUUUAUUUUUCCAUAUGUACAUUUGACCUGAUUGCUUGCUGUAUCCUUGCUGCUGUAUUUAUAGAGUGCCAUAUCUUAAACUGCAAACGAUUAUCAUGAUGAAAAAUCCAGUCUGAGGCAUCGCGGUCAUUCAGGUUUUUAGUUUUGAUUGUUUGUAUUUCACCCAUUGCAAUGCUGAAAUAUGAACUUAUUUCUGUGCUUUAGACUGUUUCAUCGCUCAAUGUAAAAGUCACAUGGACUGUCUAUCAGUGUCUUUCCGGAGCGCUGCUCCUUUUACCAUUUCAGUAUCAGUGGGGUUAAUGUACUCCCCACAGGACCUUUAUUCAUGCUAAUCUAGAAGAGCAAGAUACAAUUAUAUAAAUAAUAAAUACAUUUCCUGUUAAGUGUUGAAAUAUGGCAGAACUCAUCUGUUUCAUGUGUGGUUUGAUGAUGAUAAUUUAUAAAUGUGUUGUGCAAUAAACUGUCAGACAUUUAAACUGUAAUGUUUUUUAAACUAUAUAUUGUUGUAAAAAUAUUGUACAUAAAAAAACACUCCUAUUUUGCAAGCAAAAGAUUCACUUUGUACUGUUGUUAUACAUUAAAU